AUUGUACAUGUUCUCACCGCGGAUAACACUAUCGCGGCGAAUUGACCUGCCCCUCCUCAUAACAUCCUAACAAUGUGAACUUGACAACAUCUACAUUGUAGUUAUUUUUUCUUAAUCAAUUCAGAUUCUCUCCCCUCUUCCCUCUCUCUUCUCUCCCUUCCCAGGAUCUUCCCAAGCUUCGCCGGCGGCAGCUUGAUCCUCGUCGCGAUACCACGGCUGUAUAAGCCGUGGAGGUAUCAGUUGAACAAAUAUACCUCUAGUCUUUCGCUAUUCCAACAUAGACUAUGCUUUCCGCGCGCGCAGUACGAGUAGCCGUCCGGGCUGGCUCUCGCCGAGUCUCUCCUCGAGUGACACGUUUGUCCCCAGCGGUCGCCACAAACUCUGCCUUACGAACCUCGCGAGCCUCAUACUCUUCCGCUCGAUCGAACGAUUCGACGACUCGUGCCGCUGUUAUACAGGUCCUCAAUAAUGUUGGCUCUAAGCGAGAGGUUCAGCAGUACCUGUCUCAUUUCUCCUCAGUUUCCUCCCAGCAAUUCGCCGUUAUUAAGGUCGGCGGCGCUAUCUUAACCGACUACCUUGACGAACUCUGCUCGUCACUGUCCUUCCUAUACCAUGUCGGACUUUUCCCCAUCAUCGUCCACGGUGCUGGUCCCCAGCUUAACAAGCUCCUCGAAGAUGCGGGUGUCGAGCCCCAGUUUGAGGAGGGGAUUCGUAUUACCGACGGUAAGACGUUAGGUAUUGCGAGACGGCUUUUCUUGGCCGAGAAUUUGAAGCUGGUUCAACGUCUGGAGGAAAUGGGUGUCCGCGCUCGACCUAUCACCUCCAGUGUCUUCACCGCCGACUACCUAGAUAAGGAGAAGUGGAAAUUCGUCGGAAAAAUCACCGAAGUCAAUAAGGAGCCAAUCCAAACUGCCAUAGAGAAUGGAUACUUACCCAUUCUCACGUCUAUGGCGGAGACGAGGGAAGGCCAAGUGUUGAAUGUCAAUGCCGAUGUCGCAGCAGGCGAGCUAGCGCGCGAACUUGAGCCAUUGAAGGUGGUUUACCUAAGCGAGAAGGGUGGUCUAUUCGAUGGUAACGUACAAAAGAUCUCGGCUAUCAACCUUGAUGAAGAGUACGAUCACCUCAUGUCCCAACCCUGGUGCAAGUUUGGAACCCGAUUGAAGAUUCGGGAGAUCAAAGAGCUUCUAGAUACUCUACCGCGCUCAUCUAGCGUCGCCAUCAUACAUCCUGCCGACCUUCAGAAGGAAUUGUUCACGGAUUCUGGAGCCGGUACUCUCAUCCGCCGGGGAGACAAAUUAAUGACGGCAGAGAGUGUGGCAGACUUCAGCGAUCUUGGAAAGCUGAAGGACGUGCUUGUUAGGGACCGUGAGGUCCGGGAUGCUAGGGCCACUGUGGAUCGAUACCUUGACUUCUUACAGGGACGUAAAUUCAAGGCCUACUUUGACGAGCCAAUGAAGGCUCUCGCUGUCGUUCUUGACCCCGCCGCAGACCAAUCCUAUUCAACACUGGCUACCUUGACAAUAACGAAAUCAGGUUGGCUCACCAAUGUUGCCGACAACCUUUUUGCUGCGAUCAAGAAGGAAUACCCUAGCUUGGUCUGGACCGUCAAAUCAGAUGAUGAGAAUCUUACCUGGUUCUUCGACAAGUCGGACGGUAGCAUCGUUAGAGGCAACGAUGUCAUGUUCUGGUAUGGAAUUGAGCCAGGCGACGAGCUCAACAAACUAAUGCGAGAAUUCACUCUUCAUGGCCGAGCGAUGCUUGGUGACUCCAACUUGGAGUCUCGACUCCACCGGGCAGCUCAGGUUGCUUCUGAAAAUCUACGAGCACAUUUCGCCUCUGGUUCUGUUGCCAACCAGGCACGUGGUUACUCGACUCUUGCCCGUCGUCCCGUGCUAGGAAAUGCCGCUACGAGCACCUUCUCGCGGGGAUCGCGCAGGGGUUUUGCGACCGAAACCAACCCCAACCCGCCAUAUGGUAAAAAGCAUGCCUCUAACACACAACCAUCCAGAGUUGCUCUGAUUGGCGCUAGGGGCUACACCGGACAGAAUCUCAUCAGUCUAAUUAACACCCAUCCCAAUUUCGAACUGAAGCACGUAUCAUCCCGAGAACUAGCAGGUAAGAAGCUAGAGGGCUACACCAAGAAAGAGAUCAUUUACGAAAACUUGAGCUUCGACGACGUUCAUGAGAUGGAGAAGAAGGGCAAGAUAGAUGUGUGGGUUAUGGCUUUACCUAACGGUGUUUGCAAGCCAUACGUCGACGCUAUCAACAAGGCCAAGGAAUCCUCUACAAGGGAAGACAACAGCAUUAUUGUGGACCUCUCCGCCGAUUACAGAUUCGAUAAAUCGUGGACGUAUGGUCUUCCCGAGUUGGUGAAGCGAUCACAAAUCGCUCAAGCCACUCACAUUUCAAAUCCUGGUUGUUACGCAACAGCGGCCCAACUCGGCAUUUCACCGCUAGUGGAAUUCCUUGGUGGCCAGCCUACUGUAUUCGGUGUUUCUGGUUACUCGGGAGCUGGCACUAAGCCCUCUGCGAAGAACAAUGUGGAACUCUUAACCAAUAACCUCAUUCCUUAUAGUUUAACAGAUCACAUCCACGAAAAGGAAAUAAGCAACCAAUUAGGUGUUGACGUUGGAUUUAUUCCCCACGUCGCAGUAUGGUUCCAGGGUAUCCAUCACACAAUUAAUAUCCCUCUCAACAAGACGAUGACGUCGCGAGAUAUCAGACAGAUGUACCAAGAUAGGUAUGCGGGUGAGAAGUUAGUCAAGGUGGUGGGAGAAGCCCCGUUAGUAAAAGCCAUUAGCGGGAAGCACGGUGUUGAGAUUGGUGGAUUUGCCGUCCACAGUUCAGGAAAGCGGGUGGUUAUCUGUGUGACGAUUGAUAACCUAUUGAAGGGUGCAGCGACACAAUGUCUACAAAAUAUGAACUUGGCUCGCGGAUAUGCGGAGUUUGAGGGUAUACCCCCUAUGGAUUAGAAAGGGGCUUAUUCAAUGUUUCUUACUUAAGGAAGGCCAAGGUGGUAGGCAUUUCUUUCAGGGUUUGAAUGCUUAGGGGUUUAGAAGACACUUGUAUAUACCUAGUACUGAAAAAAGCUAAGCGGAGCCUUCACGAUGUUAGAAAUAAAGAUGUUUAUGAAACCCACAAAACUAGAAGUCAUAUUAGAUGCGAAUGAUCAUAUGAUAAUUGUCA